AUGGCUUUGGAUUCAGCAGAUGGAGCAUCGUCAUCCGAUGGACAAACAAAAGAAAAACCUAAAUCAACCCCCAUUGGAGAUUUUCCUAGUAUCGAAGAAUUUACGAAGAAAGGACUAACUGAAAUUAUGGUUGCCACAAAAUGUGCCAAUUCAUUUCCCCAAGGUGCGUCGAGGGAUUUGUACUGUGCCUACCCAACAUUUGGACGGGUAAUCGACGAACAAUCACAUCGUAUAUUGGGUCUCAUAUCACACGUGCUCAAACGGGAAAAUGUCAGAGGAAAUAUUCAACGACGUCAACCGGACGAGCAGUUCGAAAUGUUAUUGGAGUGCAAUGAUGCCAUGUUUGAACGACUGCAAAUAAAUCUUGACGAGCUUGCUGGCAUUAAGAAGCCGCCGCAGACAAUUGUAGUGGAAUCACAAAUUACAUCGACGCCCACACCCGGCAAAGGUGCCGGUAGCUGGAAUUUAAAAAAUAACGAAGCAAGUCCCUCUUUUGCCGCCCGUUUAAUAACCGCAAAGAAUAUUGCCAGGCCGCAAGUAAAGUUUCAAAUUCCUGUGGACAAUAGCCAAGAUAAGCCGUUUAUGCCGAGGCUAAAAGAAAAACCAAAUUCUCUCAAGCCCCUUGCAAUCCUGCCGGAGUAUGAUGAUGCCGGCAAUGUUGUCAGUUAUUUACAUCCCUACGAGUUCGAGUUGAUGAAGUUUGAAGUGCCAUCCAACUUGCUGAAACCACGAGAAGCCGAAAAACCAAAAGACGUAGACACAACAGAAUUAAUGUAUAUUGACACGAAACCAAAACUCUUUCAAGCCUUGGAGGAGUUGCGCAAGGCGUCUGAAAUCGCUGUGGAUGUUGAACAUCAUUCGUAUCGUACAUUUUUGGGAAUUACUUGUCUGGUACAAAUUUCAACUAGGACUAAGGACUACAUUUUUGAUGCCUUGGAGUUACGAGAUGAAAUGUGGAUUCUUAACGAAGUCUUUACAGAUCCAAAAAUUGUCAAAAUCUUCCAUGGUGCAGAUUUCGAUGUGGAAUGGUUACAACGUGAUCUGUCCAUUUAUAUUGUGAACAUGUUUGACACGCAUCAGGCGGCAAAGGCAUUGAACUUCGCACGCCUCUCUCUGGCAUAUUUGUUGAAACAUUACUGCGAUAAAGAAGUUGAUAAAACUUUCCAAUUGGCCGAUUGGCGUAUUCGCCCACUACCCGAGGAACUAAUUGCAUAUGCCCGGCAAGAUACCCAUUUCCUCAUUUAUGUAUACGAACGUAUUACAAAUGAUUUGCUAGAAGCUGGAAAUCAAAAACCACAAUUGUUGCGAUCCAUUUAUCAAAGGUCCACGGAGAUUUGCAAGAAGCGUUUCCAGAAGCCCAUUAUUACGGCAGACUCAUAUAUGGACAUUUAUCGUAAAUCAAAAAGAAUUUUUGAUAACCGACAACUGUUUGCCUUGAGUGAGAUUUUCAAAUGGCGUGAUACUAUGGCCCGUCAAGAAGAUGAAAGUUACGGUUACGUACUGCCGAAUCAUAUGAUGCUGCAGAUUUCGGAAAGUUUACCGCGUGAAAUGCAAGGUAUAUUGGCUUGUUGUAAUCCCAUUCCGCCAUUGGUGCGUCAGAAUUUGCAUACUUUGCAUCAAAUCAUAUUAAAGGCACGUGAACAACCCCUUGUAAAGCCGAUAUUGCAAGCAGAAGCACCCAGUCGUGUUGUCUAUGCAAAUGUCUGUGAUUACAACAGCAAAUUACACUGUCCACAUGAUUUAACAAUGGCAGAGGAAUUCCGUGACGAUUUACCCACCUUGCUAACAUUUGAUAAAGAAAAGGGUGUUCAAAUUAAUGAUGAAUCGUCGAUUGCCUCGAAUCCGAUGAAGAAGGCGGUUUUGAGUGUUUUCGAUACGCCAGAGAAUUCCGAAGAGGACGAAGAAAUUAUGCGUCAUCGUCUGGCAGAAAAACGAAAAAUUCUCUUACCAUAUAAGAGAUAUAUGACGGUCCUGCCAAUGAUUGAAAAGGAAAAACGCGAAGAAGCUGCUCGCCUCGAAGCCGAGAACAAAAAGAGACAAUUAUGUCCAGAUGCUCCGGCUAUGAUGCCUAUCAAUGUAAAUGAUGUCAAAAAAGAUGCCGAGGAAGAAGAUAUAUACAGCAUGCCCAUUAAGGCUAUGUUGAAGAGAAAAUAUGAGGAAGCUGUUGCAAAGAAAGCAGCUGCUGCAGCCGCUAACGAUGGUGCUUCCAGUUCGAAACGUACCAAGUUGGAAAGCACAUCAACAAUUGAACAAACUACACCAACUGAUGAUAAACUGAAAUUUGUUAAUUUACCCCCAACCAAGAAGGAAUUGAAACAACAAAAGGAAUUCAAGCGACAAGCCGAGACAACUGUAUCCGAACUGGAAAGAAAUGAUAACGAUGAUGACGAUGGUCCGCCAGAGGAGAAACCAAAUGUUUCAACUGAUCCUUCACAGAAUUGUGACGAACAGAAACCAUCAACACAUAAACAGAAAUUCCAAAAAAAUAAAAACAAAAAACAGAAGUUCAUGGCAUCAAAUAAACCACACCAGUCCUCAGAUAAACCGGUACAAACUAAUUUCGAUUAUAAAAAUGUUGAUUUCAAGAAAUUCCAAGGUGGUGCACAAAAAGCGAAAGGAAUGGAAAUUAAAGCACAAUUUCAUGCCAAGAGCAAUUCAAACAAGACGCAAAAUAAGAAAUUCAAUAAACUAUUUACAUUUUCAAAUGUAAAAAGUAAAAAAUAGUUUAAUAUCAUUUUUACUACCUAACCUAGCUACAUAGAUUCGUUAGAAAUACGAAAAUGAACUGAAUAAAAAUAAACUAUUUUUCUAUUCUACA